AUGUGGUGUCAAAUGGCAAUUGCUGCGGCAGGCUUAUUUGCUGCAACAUCUUUCAAAUACCUUCCUUUUGCUUAUUUCUUCCGGUUCUAUGCGAUUCCAAUAAAGUACUUCAUAUUCAAAAGCAAACCUUCAGAUUUGAAGCAGUUCAAGGACCGGGUUCACCGCUCAAAGCUUUCACUUUUUGCCCCGGUCACUAAGCAUACCUACUGUUGUCCAAUGGAAUGCGAUUUUUUCGGGUUUCACAAGAAUAACGGCACAUACCAGGUGGAAUUGGACUUGAACAGAACAGAGACAAUUUUGGACAAGUUGUAUCCAUACCUCAUGGACUUCCACAAGGAAAAAGACAAGUACCCAUACAUUCCGUUGGCCACAAUUGGUAUCUACUUCAUGAAGGAAAUCCUUCCAUUCCAGAAAUACCGUGUCGAAAAUAGGAUUCUCACAUGGGAUGAGAAGUGGAUUUUUGUGCUCAGUAAGUUUAUAGUUGGAGACAGAACCGUUUCGCUGAGUGUUGGGAAGUUGGUUUUUAAAGACAAUCGACGCACAAUUAAGCCUGCAGAGGUUAUUUCAUCUUGUGGGUACGAUUGUCCUGAAGUUGAGAAGAUCAGACUCGAGAACUUGAAAUAUGUCAAGAGCUUUAUUGAUCCGCACGAUUUUCUUAAUUUGAGCUUCAAACCGGAAGCCAAUUAA